GAGUCAGAUUGAUUGUUAUGCAAGAAACAAAAUUAGUUUGUACUUUUAUUAGUACGUAUUUGAAAUGAGAAUAGGCUGGCUACAUAAACUAGUGAACAAAUGGCCUGGGAAAAAGACUUUUGGCAUGUAUAGGUUCUUACCUAUAUUCUUUGUCCUGGGAGCAUCUUUGGAGUUUUCAAUGAUUAACUGGAGAGUGGGUGAAGUGAACUUUUACAAUACUUUUAAAAAGAGGCAAGCACACGACAUUGUUGAAGACAAAAUCAAGAAGUAUUCUUCACUUUGAAAUGCCUGUGGGAGUGACUUGGGGCCAGUACAUGGCGUUCACGGCCGCGGCUACGUUCUCCAUGCUCGCUGGCUCGCAGGUAGUUCACCAGUACUACAAGCCCUUGAAAGAUCUAAAUGAGUACAUAAAUAAGGAGCUAAAGAACUUGCCUCCCAAUGUACAGGAAAAGAUCAGGCAGGAAUUGCAAGAUGAAGGUGUUCUUAAAUAAUUUCCUGCAAGUAGAACAAU